AUGACGCUGUCGUGCUACGAGAGCCGCUACUCUCUUCCUGAAUCCGUGGACGUGAGCAUGAUCUCAGUGAGGGAUUUCCUAGGAGCCGAGUCGCCCGCAGCCGGUUGGUUCCGGAACCACACCUGGAACAAAGUGGCGUCAGGCGUCAAAUACCCCCUGCUGUUUCGACGCAUGGUGCUUCUGUCCGCCCUGCAUGAGUUCGGCGGGACGGCGGUGGAGUUUGGCGGCACUGUGCGGGCGCCUGCGCCGCCCCCGUCUGGCUCUCCCAGGUGCGCAGACGUCGGCGGCCAGGCCGUCACCCUGUAUGCGCCCCGCGGCCAUGAGAAGGUCAGGGCAGCGAUUGCCGACUUGGCGGCAGGCUUUUUGGAGUUGGCUGGGCAGCAGAAGUGGCGAGGCUCGUGCCCCUUUGCAUCAAGAGCGCCGAGGGGCCACAGCUGGAUCGACUUUGACAAUGGCGACGAGGUGCAAAUGCUGGCUGCUGCACAGUGGCUGCCAUACAUUGACGCCCGUGUCGACAGGGACAACAUGACGCUAGUGACUCCUGCCACAGCUGCGGAGGGCUCCAUACUGCUCAUCAUGAAUGCCUUCUGGGGCUACAAGCCCACCGGCACUCUCUGGCCCGCUCCCGCCUUCAUCGACCCCAUCCUGGUCUCCAUGCACUUCUACCCGCCCAUGUACCCUGAGUUUGGUUCCAAAGACUCCCUGGCAUACAUGAAGGCUCAUGCGCCUGUGGGGACCCGCGACACGCAGACGCUGGGGUUCCUGCAGGCCAAGAUGCCGCCCGCCAGCUCCUACCUCAGCCUGUGCCUGACCUCCACGCUGGAGAGCGUGGCGCGCCCGGGGGCGGUACCGGAGUGCCCCGUCCUGCUGGUGGACGUCCCGGACGAGCUGCUGCCCCUGCUGCCGCCGGCCAUCAACAGGAAGGCGUGCAGAAUGGCUGCCAAACUCUACGACAACCGCACCAUGGACGGCAUGUUCAGGGUCGGGCACGCCUUUGACCAUCUGACGCGGUACGCCCGGGCCGGAGUCGUCAUCACCACGCGGCUGCACUGCGGCGUCCCGGCGGCAGCGAUGGGCAUCCCAGUGAUCCUGGUCAAGCACCCAGAGGGCUUCACUGGCCGCUUCGACGGCUUCCACCCGCUUUUCCACACCAUCGACAUCUGGGAGCAGCGCGGCAAAGCAAAGGCUUUCCUGCGCUCGUUCGACUAUGACUCGCCGCCGCCCAUCCCUGCCCAGACCGGCGCGACCCCAGAGUGGAGGAAAAUGCGGUGCGGCUUGCUGGAGCGCAUCGCGGCGCACAGCCCCGUGCUGCUCGACUCCAUCUAUGCCCAGUCGCUCACGCCUGCCUUUGAGCGCUGCCAGGCAUUCCAGAAGUUCCAGCUCAGCGGGAAGGGCUUGUUGAACAUUUGA